AUGUCGCUCCCCAAACCGCACAUAACCCCGGAUAGUUUCUUCCACAAAACAUCCCCACCGGCCUGCCUUGCACCCUCCCCCUCCUCCUGUCCCACAACCAUCUACUUCAUAUCCGGCAACCCAGGACUAAUAUCCUAUUACCACCCUUUCCUUUCCCUGCUAAGCAAGAACUUAACAUCAGCCUCAUCUCCAGGCCAAAACUCAUUCCACGUCUUCGGCCACAGCCUUGCAGGGUUCGAGCUGGAGCCCGCACCAUCACCCAAAACUAACGCCGGAACCGAAAAGGUAAAGACAAAACAACCACCGGGAACUAGCGGCGACUACUAUUACAAUGUCGAAGACCAGAUCCGGUUCGUGCAAGCGCGUCUAGAGGCGCACAUGGCUGCUCUGCGCACAGAGUCCGCCAGCUCUAGUGCUAGUGCUAGUGGUACAGAUGCGCCGAGCCAAAGACCGAGAGUGAUUCUCAUGGGCCACUCGGUGGGGACUUAUAUCGCGAUGGAGGUUCUACGACGACAUCGCGAGAACCAAACGACUACUACUACCGCUGCUGCCGCCGCUGGUGAUAGCGGCUUCGACAUCGUCGGCAGCAUCAUGCUCUUCCCAACUGUAAUGGAUAUUGCGAAUUCGCCGGCGGGCCGGAAGUUGACGUACCUCCUACGCUUUAUCCCGCAACUGGCACUGGUCGUGUCGCUGUUCGCUCGACUUCUAACGUCUAUCCUCCCCAACUCCAUUAUCCGGGCUGCUGUCCGAUCCGUGAUGCAGUCCCCACCGGAGACAGCUGUGGAUGCGACUACCGCGUUUUUGAAGAGUAAACGGGGUGUGCGGCAAGCUUUACAUAUGGGCGCAGACGAGAUGCGCACUAUCACCACAGAUAAAUGGAGUGAUGAUGUCUGGGGAGUAUCUAAAGCUAAAGAAGGCCCACAGCCGCAGCAGCAAUUACUGACGCGGUUAUUCUUCUAUUUUGGCCGGAAUGACCACUGGGUUGCGGAGCAGACGAGGGAGGAAAUCAUUGCGGCGCGGGGAGCGGUGCAGAAUGGUCCUAAGAUGAUUGUUUGUGAGGAGUCGCUGCCGCAUGCGUUUUGUUUGAGGCACAAUGAGACUAUGGCCAAUAAAGUGGCUGAUAUGGUUCAAGAAAUACUAGAGUAA